AAUGCAGCGGAGAGCCUGAGAGAGGGCGCACUGCUACACAUCAUAAAGUAAUGUGCUCCGAGAUUGGCAUUCGCUGUUGUUGUCAUACGUGUUCUGCCACAUCGUAUGUGCCGUAGUCGCGUACUAUGCUAUCGGGCAUUUCAUUGACUGACCCCUGUCAAAUGCGCGAGUAAGUGGGCCGAUCGAAUGAUCCAGCUUGGCUUUUUUCAUUAAACAGUCCCUGUUUACUUCAUUAUUGCGUUUACAAUUAUCGUUUUCUCAAGUUCGCUCGAGUGCUUUCUGCAGUUUUCCUUGAGGUUAGGAUCAUCGUCAACUCAAGACUCACAUUUUCUUCGGCUUUUCGCACCUGUCUGUGUAACGAUGCAGCUUUUUUCUCGCUGACGAUCGCUCAUUUCAUGAAAACAAAUCUGCUUCUUCAACUGUGACUUAAUAAUAUAAGGAACAAUUAAUCGAGUGUAUAUCUGUGAACGUCAAAUGUGUUGAUUUACCUUCAGAAAUCAAGAUCAGUUGCGCUUUUAGCGCACUGAUCUUUGCAGUUCGUCGUAAAUCACUCAUGAAUCGCAUCAUUCAGUGAUAGUAUCGGAGUUCUUAUACACCAUUACAAAUCACGAUGGAGAGAAAAAUCAAACUAAAGACGCUCAACAGCCAUAUAACUUGCAAAAUAUGUCGAGGUUACCUCAUUGAUGCUACGACCGUGACAGAAUGUUUGCACACUUUCUGCAAAAGCUGUCUAGUCAAACAUCUAGAUGAAAAAAAUACUUGUCCGCAAUGCCAAAUAGUCAUUCAUCAAUCUCAUCCACUUCAAUAUAUAAGUUUUGAUAGGACGAUGCAAGAUAUUGUUUAUAAGUUAGUUCCUGAUCUGCAAGAAAAUGAAACCAAGAGAGAAAGAGAGUUUUAUAGGUCUAGGGGCUUGCCUUACCCUAAAGAUACCCUUACAAAUCUUGGAGAAAGCGAAGACCAGAAAGCUAAUGAAGAUGCACAUGCAGCAUCUGAUUACCACAGGACAGAUGAACAGGUGAAUGUUUGUUUGGAAUGUAUAAAUGCUAGUUUGCAAACUUUGAAGAGAGGAUUUAUUAGAUGUUCUGCCCAAGCAACAAUAACGCACCUCAAAAAAUUCAUAGCCAAAAAAGUUCUAAGUGGCAUUGAAAAGUAUCGUGAUAUUGAUAUUCUCUGUAAUAAUGAAUUACUAGGAAAAGAUCAUACUUUAAAGUUUGUCUAUGUUACAAGAUGGAGGUUCCAUGACCCACCACUAAGAUUACAAUAUAGACCACGAAUUGAUCUUUAAAACGUGCAAUCAAAAAAUGUUCAAUUACAAAUACGAAUCAAAUAUCUGACAGCAUUGCUUUAUUUGAAUUUAAAAUUCUAUUUCUCUAAAUUAAAUCUUUGUUCAAAACUCUAUUUAAAAAAUGUUUACAGCACAUUAAUUUUGAUCGUAAUUUAAUGCUUAUGAUUAUUUAAUCAUUUUGGAGCACUUUAAAAAAAUUAAAAUUAAUACUCGAGUUCUUUUUCCAAGCUAAGUGUGUGUAACAAAAUAUUUUAGAGUAGAAGCAAAUCAUUUUGGAUUGAUAAAUUUUGUGUGUAUCAAAUAUUGAAUUAUUGAACUUUGCACAAAAUAAAUUGUGUAAAAUAAUGAUUAGAAUGAAAUUUUGUAGAUAGAUGAUGUGAAUCUCUACAUGUACAUAAACUGUGUUGCAAGAGUGAGACAAUUUCUACCACAAAUGUAUUUAAAAUAGUAAUUAUUCACAAAUUUAAGUAGUUUAACAAUUUUAUUUUGUUAAUUCUUUUCUUACAUUCUUUGUUAAAUGGAUUUACCAAUGAAUUCAUAAUCAUGAAAAAAUAUGUAUAUUUAUAAUUUGACACAUAUACAACUAGUACAUCAUUUCUGUAUGGUACAUUGAAUAUUAUAUGUUGAUAGAAAAUAUUGUUACGAUACAAAAUGUAAAUAUGACUAUGGUUUUAUUAAAUAUUUAUAGAAAAUA